AUUGAAAUUGAAAGUCUAUGAAGACUAGGCAUUUUUUCUGGUUACACUAUUUGAAAACCUAUCCUCACACCAAACCAUUUCCAUCUUUAAAUACAACAGAAUGAUGCAUACCGUUACCCAAAAACAGGGUAAAUUGAAUAUCAGUCUUUUCAAUUCUGCUAAACCAUGGGUGUCACCACUUACACACAAGAACUCUCUUGCCCAAUUAAUGCGGCACGGAUGUUCAAGGCCUUGAUGAUAGAUUCCAACAAAUUGAUCCCACAACUCUUACCCCAGUUCAUUAAAAGUGUUGAUCUAAUUCAAGGAGAUGGAGGACCAGGCAGCAUUGAGCAAGUCAACUUCACAGAAGCUACCCAUUACAAACUUGUCAAGCACCGGAUCGAUGAACUUGACAAGGAGAACUUGGUCUGCAAAUACACCAUGAUUGAAGGUGAUGCAUUGGGGGAGAAGCUUGAAUGCAUUAGCUACGAGGUAAAGUUUGAAGAUGGUGGUGAUGGAGGUAGCGUGUGUAAGAUGACAAGCAAUUACCAUACAGUUGGUGAGUUUGAGAUCAAAGAAGAGGAAAUCAAGGCAGGGAAGGAGAAGGCAAUUGGGAUAUACAAAGUUGUGGAAGCAUAUCUCUUGGAGAACCCUAAUGCCUGUGCUUAAUUAAUUGGUUACUUUGUGUGUCAAAAAAAUUUUUUUUUUUUGGGAAAGAAGCAAUUAUACAACUAUUUUAUACUUUUAAAGGGAGAAGGGGAGAUGGUUUGGUACAGGGUUCCAACUCAAGACCCCUGCCCGUUGAACUUUUUUAAAACAAGCAGUGCGGAGUGUGGUGUGGUGUGGUGUGGUGUGGCAAACAUGUAGUUUACGUAUAUUUGAUUUUUUUUUUUUCAUACAGAGUACAAGGAGGUAUAAGUUUUUACGUGUGAUUAUUUUUAGUUUUGGAUUGAUUCUUUUAUUAAAGAAUGUAUGAGUGA